ACUUUCGGAGCCAAAAUAGCGCGCGGGAAAAUAAUUUAAACUGUUAAAAUGGUAACUUAGAUAAACUAAAAUUGUUAAUUAUUGCUCAUCUGAGUUGUUUUUAACAUGAUAUAAUUUCACUUUCCGUGCUAAUUUGUUUGAGAUUAAUUUUUUUUUUUGAAAAACUAACCUCAAAAAUGAAGCAAACAUGGUUCAAGUUGAUUUGCCAGAAAGAACAAUUGCAGCUUUUGGGCACGUUGAAUGGGGGCCAAAGCUUCAGAUGGAAGUUCACAGAAGCCGAAGGUGAUAAAAAAUGGACUGGAGUUUUUUCAGACCAUGUUUGGGUUUUAAAACAAACCGAUGAUUGUAUUUUAUACCAAGUGUACGGUUCAGAAAAUAGCGAGGACUUUUACAAUAAACUUCUAUCAAAUUAUUUCCAAUUAAACUUAGAUUUGAAAGAAAAAUUCGCCGAGUGGUCCUCCAAAGACCCCAUUUUUGAAAAAGCAGCGUCCCAAUUUUAUGGCAUUCGGAUUCUUAAGCAAGAUCUUGUCGAGAAUAUAUUCUCAUUUAUUUGCUCGUCUAACAACAAUAUAUCUCGCAUCACGGGAAUGGUUGAGAAACUUGCAAAAUUUUAUGGGGAAAAAAUUUGCGAGCUUGAAGAUCAAACGUAUUAUUCAUUCCCCAAAAUUGAUUCUUUAGCCGAUGAUAAGGUCGAGUCGGUUUUAAAAAAGGAGGGGUUUGGAUACAGGGCUAAGUACAUAAAUCAAUCAGCGAAAAUAAUAAUGCAGGAAGGUGGCGAAAAAUGGCUUGACGAUUUGAAAAAACUGCCCUAUGAGGAAUCAAAGAGUAAAUUAAUGACUUUAACUGGGAUUGGCCCUAAGGUGGCGGACUGCAUUUGCUUGAUGUCUUUGGGGCACUUGGGGACAAUACCUAUCGACACGCAUGUUUACCAAAUUGCGAGAAAAUUUUAUAUGCCACAUUUACCGAAACGUAAAAAAGUCACAGCGACGAUUUAUAAAGACAUUGGGGACCACUUUCGGGAGCUGUACGGCCCUCUGGCAGGUUGGGCACACACUGUAAGUCCUUUUUUGCGCCGACUUGAAAAAAUUCCAAACCGACGAAAACUAAUCUCAUUUUAAAUUUUAUUCAAUAAACUCAGUUUAAUACA